AUGGGGGACCUAAACUUUGUACUGCAUGAUCAUGAAAAACUUAGUCAACAUCCUAUUAAUUCUUGUGAAGCUACUAUCUUCUUGGAAAAACUGGAAGAAGCAAAUCUCACUGACUUGGGGUAUACUAAGUGUCCCUUCACUUGGAAAAACAGAAGAGUGGGCUUACGACUCACUGAGAAAAGACUUGAUAGAGGAUUAUCAAAUGAGGAUUGGCUUGAUCUCUUUCCUAACUCUACCAUCUCCAACCUUCCAGCCAUAGGCUCUGAUCAUAACCCAAUCAUUCUCAAUACCAAUUCUAACUGGAAACAAGGACACAUACCUUUUAAAUUCUUUGGUUCUUGGCUUGAUCAUCAAUAUUGCAAGGAUAUUAUUGCUGAAUGCUGGAAGAAAAAUCACAAAGGUUCCCUUGCAAUCAAGAUAGCUAGGAAAUUAAGAGAUAUUAAAGUAAAAAUUAAGUUGUGGAAUAAAGAGGUAUAUGGUAAUAUUAAGACUAAUCUUGAGGAAAGCCUUCAAUAUUUGGAUUGGACCACCAAAAAUCAGUUCAACAACAACAAAGGGAAUGACAUCAGAGAAGCUAAGAAAGUUGUGGAUCACUGGAAAAAUGUUCAAGAAACCUUCUAG